AUGGAUGUUGCAAUAGCUGCCUUCACCACGGCCAAAGUCCCCAUAGUGCAACUAAAUGACGACAAUUAUAGAGAGUACGAAAAGGCUGUCGUGACGUCAAACCUUCUCUUUCGCUUCACAAGGCCUCCUGUUGUCGUUCAGCCUGAAACCGCUGCUCAUGUGCAGUCCGUCAUCAAGCAAGUCAAGGCGCAAAAGCUCCUAUUGACUAUCAGAUGCGGGGGUCAUUCUUACGCGGGGUUCUCUACAGCCCUGGAGAAGAACAACAUCUUGGUGGACCUUCGAAAGAUGAACAAAGUCAGACUUAAUGUCAAAGAAGAUACCAUCACUAUUGAUGCCGGCUGCCAAUGGGGUGAAGUUUAUCGAACCCUCAUCAAUGGAGACCACAACGGGUUCAUUAUCAAUGGCGGUCGUUGCCCUUAUGUGGGAGUCGGCGGUUUCAUCUUGGGUUCCGGUCUGGGUCCCUUCACUAGGACAUUUGGGAUGGGAAGCGACACUCUCUUGGAAGCGACUCUUGUGACCGCAGACGGGAACCUUGUAACUGUUGGGAAAAGCGAUGACCCCAAAAGUGACAAAGGAAGGCUCUUCUGGGCUCUCCAGGGGGCUGGGCAGGCCAACUUUGGAGUUGUAACGCAAAUGAAACUCAAGAUCCAGCAUCUCAACAGCAAAAAUGGAUGGGUAGUUGGUGGGCGAUUCCUAUGGUUCCCGGGAGAAAAGGAUAUGGGCACCCUGCUACCCACAAUGAACGAGUUUUACAAGGUUGAUUGGCCCAAAGAAAUGACCAUCGACAGUACGUGGAUAUGUGACCUGCGACAGAAACCAGGCGGCGAUGGAGUACGAUUCACCGUCUAUUACGAUGGAAGCAAGGAAGACUAUGACGCCCUCAUUAAAAAGCACAUAAAAAAUGAAACUGUGCAAAAGCAACUCAUUAAACGAGCUCUGCCAGAGCCCUCGACGCGAUUCCUCUACGAGACGCUUGAGGAACAAUGGUUCGACGAGAGCAAGAAGUUCUUCGCGGAAAACAAGACGUACAGAGUCUUUACCUCCUUCGUUUUCACGAGAAAGGAAAUCGACAAGAAUGUCGAAGAAAUCACCCGCAUCCUCAAAGGAGAGAUGGAAACUUUCCGGGCUUUAUAUCCAGAAGAAUCCGUCAACUUGGACAUUGUCUGGAUUCACACCGGAGGCCACGCAUCUACAGUAUCAAAGCCCACAGAAACAGCUUUCUUCUGGCGCGAAGCUCUCUACCACACCUACGUCGAGGUGCUGUGGCAGGAUAAAUGGAUGGAGUUGAACAUGCGAGGGUUCAUGAGUAGAUUGCGAAAGAAGUUACGGCCGUUUUCUUUGAACAAGGCUGCAGCUUUCCUCAAUUUCCCGGAUCGAGACUUGGUGCAAGCCGGCUACGAGAGGGCUUACUUCGGAGACAACCGUCAAGAGUUACGGCGCAUCAAGGAGAUUUGGGAUAAGGAUAAUCUCUUCAAAUGGGCGCAGGGUAUUCAGCUUCCAAAGGAUGCUGUCGACGACGAAUCAGCCGAUGUGGAUCCCGAUGAUGCCCGAGAUCAGACUGAUCAAAUUGCACAAGAUCUAUGGGAUAAGAGAAACUGGCAACACAAGGUGGUGAGGGAUAUUGGUGCGGCAGGGAAGAAGCUUGAGGCAAUGGGUUUCUGA